CAUCAGCCGAUAACUAUCGCAACGCAACGCAAACGAAUUGGACAACAACCCUGCUCUUUUUCUUUUGGACCCGUAGAACCACAUGUCUGGUAACCGAUUUUAAUUUUCGUUUCGGCGGUAUAAUGCUCCAAUUAAUUGACUAAUUGCGGUUAAUUGACAAGACCAGUGAACGGCGCAAGUACGGUGCAACCAAGAACGCAGCGAGUGUGUGUGCAAUUGCGAAAAAUCCGAUAAAUAAUAUUCGUAACGUUCUGCCCAGCAGCGCGUGAGUGAGUGCGAGCGAGAGGCAGUGAUUCGAGCAGCGUAGUGGUGCGAAAGUGUGUGUGCAAGGAAACCCGCAAAAGCAAAGCAACAAUAACAACACACGCACGCACACACACACUCGUGUACGUAUUCACACGCGGAGCGGAAAGUGCGUAGUGAACAUACGAAACGUAUGUACGUACGAAACAAGAAGUGGGAGAGAUAGCGGAAUAAAAUACAAUUCUUGUUUCCAUUUCAAUCUCUGUUUGGAAGCCUAUCUCUGGAGCCACCACAUCCCGUUGAGCAGGCAAGGAAGCAGACAAGAGUUUCCCCAACCCGACAACGAGGAUUAGCCGCUGACGAAGCCGGAGCAGGAGCAGCGAGUGUGCUGCCCACUCUGGAGAGGAAACCGGAGUCGAAGAAACCGCAGGAGUAGCAGCCGCAACUGAGGAGCAUGUCCAGCAAGGAGGAGACGCCGUCCGCGGGUGGUGCCGCUCCUGUGGCCACUGUCGCCGCCUCGGGCAGCGCCACCACUUCCUACGCCAAUGUGGUGCAGAACCUGGAGACCAAGAAGUCCGGUGCCAGCAGCACCACCACGACCACCGCCAGAGCCACUGUGGACAACAAAGAGAACCAGCCCAAUCUGAAGAGCUUCAAGUCGUGGAGCGAGGAAGCCGCUGCCGCCGAGGCAGCCGGCGAAGCGCCAAGUGUCGGCAGCGUUAGCCUGGCCCAGACGGGUGAGAAGCGUGCCGCCGCCUCUGGUGGAGAUAACACCGCCGAGAACUCUUCGGAAUUGGAUGACAACAACGACUUCGUGCCGGUACUAUCGCAUCAUCGCCGCGAUCGCAAAAAGGCGCGCAAGGAGAAGCCGCGCGAUCAGCCGCCGGCCGGAGGACGUGGCGAUGGUCAGAAACCCCAGCAGGCUGGUGGCCGCCGCAUCACCGGAUCCUCCGACACCGAACGCAAGCCAGUGCGCCCACGUGCUUCGCGUGGCGGUAGUCCCCGCAAAUCGGCAGCCGGAGCAGCUGGCGCCGCCGGAUCCAAUGCUGGAGCUGUGUCCUCCGCCGCUCCCGGUGGACCGAAAGUACACAAGGAUCGCAAGGAUACCUCGCCCAGCGCCAGCAUCGAGGGAGCCGGCAGCAGCGGCAACGAGGCCAAGUCCGCCGACGGGGAUCAGCAGGCGGGCGAAAAGGGCGCCGCUGGAGCAGCUCCGCCGCCCAAGCGAUUCAUUGCCGCCCCACCGCCCAAGGUCAACGCAUGGAAGAUAUCGGCCAAACAAUCCGGCAGCCCAAAGGCAGGAACUUCUCCAUUGGACAAACGUGUUUUGCAGCCAAAGGCACAGCAGCAGCAGCAAACUAAACAAACUGCCAGCCAAAACAACAACGCACAGAACACCGCCAGCAACAAAAAGACACAGCAGCAACAACAACCUCAACAGGGAGCAACAACAACCACACAGACAACAACAGCAGCAGCAACCGCAGCAGCAGUAGCAAGCACAUCAGCAGCAGCAGCAACAUCAUCCACAGCAGCAGUAGCAGCGGCAACAACUGAUACCGCAGCAACAACCACUGUUGAUGCCAGCCAGGCGGAUGCUCUUGCCAAAGUCGUGGUAAAGGACAAAAAGAAGGUCAAUCAAAAGGCCAGCGACUUUAGCAACGUUGGUGACUGGCCGACGCUAAUUGGCGGAACUUCUGGCAGUGGCAAAGCCACCAGCAACGAACCCAAGCGCAACCCUACGAAAAAACAGCAGUCAGCCAAAACAGCAGCCGCAGUAGCAGCCAGCAGCAAUACCACUUCAAGUGAAGUUGCCACAGAGUCUAACGUCGCAGGCACAACCAGCAGCAGCAACAGCAAUCCCAGCAGCAGCACCACCACCACAAACACCACUACCAACAGCCAAGCCACAACUGCACCUGUUGCCAGCACGAGUCAUGAUGCCAAAGCCCAGCGAGACGCUGAGCCAGCGGCCAAUUCUGCUGCAGGAGCUACUGGCACCGCUGCCGGGCCUGCCCUCACCAAGAAGCUACCCAAGCACAAGUGGCGUCCGCUGCCCAUCGAUCUGGCUAAGUCCAGUCGCCCCAAGCCGAUUGGCGGCCGGCCAAAUCGGCGCUUCAGCGACGAUAUUGCCGACCAGCGCCGUCCGCCGCGCGUCUACUACGACCGUCAGCCCGGUGCUGGAGGAGCGGGAGUCGAGUCGCGGCAUCCACACGCUGGCCGGCAUCCGUACGGGUCACGCCCAGCGACUGCUACGUCCGAGCGCGUGGAUUCCUGGCGUAGCAGCAGCAGCACCACCACCGCAGCGUUCGAUGAGCAGCGCUCUGGAGCAGCGGGUGGUGCCGGGGCAGCGGGAGCGGGAGUUGGUUCAGCCACGCGCGGGCCGCGUCGCUACCGGACGCCGUACCGUGGCGGGCGGCAAGGCCGGGGCGGAUUCUCCCGACAGGGACCAGGUCGCCCGACUCAUCGCAUACCACGCCAUCUGCUAGCUUCGGGCGAGUAUGCUAACUAUCUCCCGGCGGACGCCGCCGGCGCCGACUCGCAGUCCUCGUAUGUGCUCAUGGGCACCCACUAUUUUGGCAACGUGCCCGCCGCCUACAUCGAAUUGGACGCUAACAGCAUCAAGGAGGCCAUCAAGAAGCAAGUUGAAUACUAUUUCAGCGUCGAUAAUCUUACCGGCGACUUCUUUUUGCGCCGCAAAAUGGACCCCGAGGGCUAUAUCCCAGUUACUCUGAUCGCCUCGUUCCAUCGCGUUCUCGCACUGACCACCGAUGUGGCUGUGAUCGUAAACGCCAUUAAGGAAUCGGAUAAACUGGAGCUCUUUGAGGGCUACAAGGUGCGCACCAAGACGACACCGACCACCUGGCCCAUCACGGAAGUGCCGGAGGUCACCGAAGGGGAACAGAAGGCUAUCGGCACACUGGAGCAGGAGCAGUUGGAGCAGAAUGAUGGUCAGGAGAAGCUGGAGGAGGAGACUGAGGCGGAUUCCCCGCCGCCCAUUCUCACAUCGGCCAUGGCCACAAAGCCGCUGAACACCAUUCCGCCACCGCCGGUGCCACGAAACCCCCAAAAUUUGGUGCCCAAAAUGUUGCAGGAUAAGCAACAGUCGAGAUCCUCGACCAUUGCGGCUCUAAACUCUGUGAAUGCGAUCAGUGCGCUGACCCAGCAAGUAGAGGGUGGUGCCGCUGAACUGGCUGGACAUUUGAGUGGACUGGCUGAGAGUGUGAAGCCCAAGUCGACAUCGACGCCGGACAAGAGAAGUGCUGCUUCAGCGGGCAAUGGAGCUGGGUCAGCAGCUGCUUUGGUGGCGGAGCCGGAGGGCAUGUGGAAAGAGGUAAAGAGACGCUCCAAAACAAAUGCUAUCAAAGAAAACGCUACUACACCACCACAACAACAACAGCCACCGCUUUCACAAACGCUCAACAACAAUAACGAUAAUGUCAAAACGAACAACACCUCGUCCAAGUCCAAGUCCUCGUCCAACAACGCCCCAUCCAACGCCUCAUCAUCAGCCACUGUGUGUGUAACCACGAACAAUGCUUCCUCAGCCACCAAAGCAACCACCAAAACCACAACCACCUCCACCGCCACUACCACCACGAACAACAACAUUAAAUCUGGCAAUGCUGCUUACUCCAAAACCCACUCCAAAUCCUCAUCCAAAACAGCUGCUCCGCCAUCCGCUCAGUGCCAUGCCGAAAAGGAAGAACUAGACUUCCAGUUUGAUGAGGAGCUAAUGGACCCCCUACCCCCUGGAACCGGACGCAUCAACAACUUCACCGAAAACUUCUCCGACGACGAUGAAUCAGACUACGAGUUUGCCGAUCGUGACAUUAACAAGCUGCUGAUUGUGGCCCAAGUGGGUCGCGCACCCAAACACGAGGGCUACGACCGCACCGCCGACUUUACGUCGCGCACAAAAAUCACCCAGGAUCUGGAGAACAUCAUCAACGAUGGAUUGGUCAACUACGAAGAGGAUCUGUGGACCACCACCAAUGUGGUUGCCGAUUACAAGACUGUCAAUGUGAUUUCCCAGGCGGACUUCGAAAAACUGGCCGGUGGUCGAAACAAAUCGGUGUUACCGCCGCAGGUGGUGCCACCACCGCCACCAUUUGAGGAAGAUCUUGAUGAAACCCUGGUGGGUGACACCACACUCAACUCCACGCUGAACAACACUCUCAAGUCCCGACGUGCCCGCUUCUAUGCUGCUCCCAACUCGCACUCGAUUGAUCCCCGAACGCCAAGAAAGAGGAAACUUCGUCACACCGCCAAUCCGCCAGUGGAGGCCCACGUCGGUUGGCUGCUUGACACUGUGGAGCAUCGUCCUCGCACCACCUCGAUGGGUUCCUCGGCGGGCACAUCGCCCACCGCCUCGUCGUACGGAUCGUUCGGAUCGUCGGUGCCACAGUCGCUGCCCGUAUUCCAGCAUCCAUCACAUGCUCUUCUCAAGGAGAACAACUUCACCCAACAGGCCUACCACAAGUACCAUUCGCGCUGCCUCAAGGAGCGACGGCGCUUGGGCUACGGUCAGUCGCAGGAGAUGAACACCCUGUACCGCUUCUGGUCGUUCUUCCUGCGCGAGAACUUCAACAAGAGCAUGUACAACGAGUUCCGAUCGUUGGCGCUGGAGGAUGCCGGCAAUGGUUUCCGCUACGGUCUUGAAUGCCUCUUCCGGUUCUUCUCGUACGGCUUGGAGAAGAAGUUCAGACCGAAUGUCUAUCAGGAUUUCCAGGACGAGACGGUUGCCGAUUAUGAAACAGGUCAACUGUACGGCCUUGAGAAGUUCUGGGCUUUCCUAAAAUACUACAAGAAUGGUGAGAAGUUGGAGGUGCAGCCCAAGCUGGCCGAGUACCUGAAGAGCUUCAAGAACAUUGAGGACUUCCGCGUGGUGGAGCCGGAGAUCAACGAGAUGCUACAAGGAGUGGGCAGCCUGAAUCCAGGCCGUCAGCUCAACCGCCACCGCAGUGUGUCGGAGAGCGAUGGCACAGCUGUAAUUGCGGCCGGCGGUCGUCGCCUCAACACGACCAUCACCAACCGCAGCGACUACGUGGGCAGGUUGCUGCAGCAACAGCACCAACAACAGCAGCAGCAGCAGCAGCAUCACCAGUAUCAGCAGGGAUACGGCGGCUACAAUCAGCAGCAAAAUCGCAGGCGCACAGGCUCCUUCGGCAGCAGCACAGUGCGCAUUCGCAGCGGCUCCCUGGGCAACAAGCCGCAGGUGGCCAAUCGCAAUCAGGGAUCGCAGCACGAGUUGCGACGCGGCGGCAGCAAUUCUGGCCUGGCGCCACACAAGCGACAGCAGCAGCAGCAACAGAAGCCGAAGCCAGGAGCAGGAUCACAGACAGGCUCAGCACGUGCCACCACAUCAGCGGCAGCUACAGCAGCAGCAGCCGCAUCAGCAGCAACAUCAACAGCGGCGGGAACGGCAGCAGCGACACCAGCGGUAACGGUAUCAUCGGGGUCGUCGUCGUCGCAGAAGUAGUUACAAGAUAAUGCAGAGACACUUUUUGGAUUAGGUUUAAGUUAAUAGCUACCACUUAGUUUUCUGGGGGCCCUCGCAUUUGAUGGCUCCACACUCUUUUGUUUAUUCAUUCUUAUUAUUCUUUUGUAGUAUUCAAGUCAAGCGUAAAGUGGGAUGAGUCGUUAGCGUUUAGCAUAAUUAAGUGAAAUUUUUGAAAUUUGUUUAUUGCAAUUUGCCUAGCGCUCGUUGGUUUAGUAGUUACGAUUCUAAAUGUUUGUUUCUCGCAUACCCUCGACAAAAAACUAAAACAAUGGUUGCUUACGAAAUGCUCAAUGCUCACACAAAACACACACACACCAAUUACACACAGCGGGGUCUGUCUGCUUUGUACCAGUGCCAACCAGCCAUGAUCUUGGAAAAUAUCGAAACGAUUGCCCUUAUUUUUUUUUUGUUCUGUUGAUUAUUCUCCUUAUUUUUUAUGCGAUGCAAAAAUCAAGGCAAAGAUUUUCCUACUUAGAGCAGCGUUAAUAGUUGACGUAAUGCCAUGAACUGUUGUACUAUACGAUUAAAGUUAAAGCUAAUAACCAUAACCAUAACGAUAACGAUAUAACCUAUGCAAAUAUUACCUAACGAAAACUGAAAACCAAUCAAUCGAAAUUGAUACGCAAGCAACAACAAAAACCAAAUGAUCUUAAUGCAAAUAAAUUUUGUAAAUUACAAAAGAACAUAUAUAUAAAUACAUAUAUAACAUAUAUACAUUUAUAUGCAAAGGUACACUGAAGCCAUGAAAACGCGUACAUAAGAAUAUGAUUACUAACUAUAAUUAUGAUUAUUUUUUGUGUGUGUGACCUUAGCGCAAAUGUAAAACGUAUUUGUUUAAGAGGCAGCGAGAUCUUGUAAUCCUUAAACCCAAUUGAGGCAAGCGGGGCUCAAGUGCCAGCGAAUUUUAGUUAUUUAAGCAUUUACCACAAGCCAGUCCAGCGCAAUCGCAAUCGUCAGCGGAGUAGGAAUAGAAAUCCGACUUGGACUCGGGUCCACCAUUGCUUCCCCUGUCGCACUGCACUGCCCCCAGUCUAUAUCAAUCCAAUCUAUCGAAAUAGGUAACCCCGAAAACCUCAGUACCCCGCCAAGCAUUUAGAAGCAUGUCAAAACCAUUUAUUUUUUACCUUUAGUUUUGCACUUGUUAACUUUUAAUUCGAGAAAGCUACGACUACAGAAAAAGUUCGAAAAAACACAAAAAAAUUUUAAAAUCACACAAAAAUUGUCAAGUCCAAAAAAAAAGUUUAAAACUUUAAAAAACGAAAAGGCAAAUCAUGCAAACGAAAAAAAAGCAUUCAGAAAUAAUGAAGUUUGUUUCGCAUAGUGAAUAGACCUAAACUUAAACAUACGUGAGAAAUCAAAUCUAAGCUUAAUACGGAUAACAACUAUAUAUAUCUGCAUAUAUCCAAACACAUAUAGAGAGACUUUAGAGCGCGACGGCGUUUGAAAAUACCAUAACUAAAUAAGAGGCAAACGGUGAGGUUGCAGAAGUUUGCAAAACUCUCUCAAGGUCCUUCAGCUCCUCGAUUUUGCUCGCUCAUCUAGCCUAAGCAAGCAUACACACAACACACACUACAAACCACACAAAUUCGAAGAGUGCAAAGAACGUUUCAUUAAAUAUUAUUUUGUUAUCAUUAGAUAUCUGUAAAUAUAUUUCCCAGCUUCUUUUUAAAA